GCGAAACCUUUUGAAGGGCCGUUUUUGUUUUGUUUUUUCCUGGCGGAGCCCGGGAACGGGGCGCGACGCGGCGGCUUCCCGGGGACUAGCCGCAUGGAGGGAGCGGGGGGGAAAAGAAAAGUGGAAGAGGGUGGGCUCUGAGCCUAGUUUUUUUUUUUUUUUGUCCUGAGGCGGUAAAUACGGGCCGCGAGGAGGGACAAUCUUGGCGAGGUGGGCGUGGCUCGGCUCCUCCUCCUUUCCCCUCAAGCCCUGGGCGUGGAUCCAGGGAAGGGGGCGUGGCCGCUCCUUAGCUGUGCCCCCUCCUCCUCCUCUUUCUGGGCGUGGCUAGGCCAGCUGGUCUUGCAUUUCCUGCAUUUUUAUAUUUAGCCAUUGGGGUUUUAUUUCUCUCUCUUCCCCACCAUCAACUCAGUUGCAACAGCUUUGGCUUCCGAUUACCACCCACCCAGCCCAUCCUCCUGCUGGCAUGACAGGCAAAAAAUCCAGCUUUACCUGUUGAGUGCCUGCCUGGAUCCCUUGGCACUCAACUUUUUUUUUUUUGCAAGGCGUCUCCUUGGGAAUACAUCCAGUCCAAUGCCAUGGGGGCUUCCUGGCAGGGUGCGGUAGGCAGAACCUGCUGAGCAGCCCAAUCUGUGGAUGACUUGACCUGGGAUGUAACCCUGAUCUUCCUGCUGCUCGGCUUUCUGAUCGCCGUCCUGUCGCGGCCGCCUUUUCCCGCUGAGCUGGGAUAAAUGGAGACAGGAGGCAAGAUGCUGCUUUUCUUUCGGAAAAGGAAGGCCAGCAGCGAAGCCCGGAAACGUCUGGAAUACCAAAUGUGUCUUGCCAAAGAAGCUGGAGCAGAUGAUAUCCUCGAUAUCUCCAAGUGUGAACUUUCUGAGCUUCCGUAUGGUGCCUUUGCAACUUGCAGAGUGUUGCAGAAGAAGGUGCUGAUCGUUCACACCAAUUAUUUGUCGUCCCUCGUCCCCAAAUCCUGCAGCCUCUCUAAUCUCGUAACUGUGAAGGUUUUAGAUCUCCAUGACAACCAACUGACCUCCCUUCCCGCCGAUAUCAACCAGUUGACUUCUCUUCAGGUUUUGAACGUAGAAAAGAAUGUUUUAAAAGCUCUUCCGGACUCCAUUGGGGAUCUCGCUCAGCUUCAGACGCUGAAUUUGAAAGGGAACAAGCUUAAGAAAUUGCCCUCCACGCUGGAGGGCCUGCGGAGUUUGCGAACGUUGGACAUCAGUGAAAAUUUGGUGCAGGAGUUGCCGCAGACACUGGCUCACAUCCGAACCUUAGAGACCUUGUCCCUGGAUGCGGCAGCAAUGAUCUACCCUCCAAACGAGGUUUGCAGCGCGGGCACCGAGGCCAUCCAGCGGUUCCUCUGCGAAAAAGCGGGCAUAGAAUACAACCCUCCCUCCCAAUACUUGCUCCCUGUGUUGGAAAGCGACGGAGGAGAGAUAUCGGCGGACGGCAUCCGCAGGACAGCUGGCAAAUACAUGGAAGAGGAAGCUGAGUGGCAGAACAGGUUUCUAGACUACGAGAAGCGCAAGGAGCAGAAGAUGCAAGAGAAGCUGGCCUUUGAGCGUGGGCUGGACCUGGAGCAGAGAGAACAAGUCCAACUGAUGCAUCAAAGUCAUGUCCAGAAAGGAGAAUUUCUCCAAAGCAUGAAAGAGGAGCAGAUGAAACUGGACGAAGGGCUGACCCGCCAUCAGCAACGCCUGGGUACCGAGCGCCUGAAGUUGCUGGAGCAGCUGAAGCAAAUGGAACACGGGGUGGCCAGCAGGAUCCAGAAACUGCUGAAAGAUAAUCAAAGGCAGAAACAGAGUUCCGAGAUCUUAAAAUCCCUUGAAAACGACCGGAUCCGGAUGGAGCAAUUGAUGGCCAUCACUCAAGAAGAAACGGAACAAUUGAGGAGGAAAGAAGUAGCCGCGGCCAUGAAACAGAUGUUGUCUGAGACCUACAAGAACAAACUACUUCAGGGAGCCUACGAGUCUCGUCGGCAGGACCUCGUCAACCAGACAUGCUGCAGCCUUGCCAAGAUGGACGAGAAGUUCCAGCAGAUCCUGGCUUGGCAGCAGCUGGACCAGAACAAAGCCAUCAGCCACAUCCUGCAGGAGAGUGAGAUGCAGAAGGCAGCCUUCGAAGCCCUCCAGGUGAAGCGAGACCUCAUGCAUUGCCAGAUCAGAAACCAGAUUAAGUUAAUAGAGAGAGAGUUACUACAGCUCACCCAGUUGGAGUUAAAGAGGCAGCAGCUGGACACAGAGGCUCUGCAGGAAGCGAUCGGAGAGCAACGGCAAACACUGACUUUCCUGCUACAGCAGCUGCUGAAGGAGAAGAAGGAGCGAGAAGAGGAGCUGCAGGCCAUCUUGAAAGAACUGGAGGCCAAGAGCGAGACGAAGCAGGAGAACUACUGGUUGAUCCAGUACCAGCGGCUGCUAAAUCAGAAACCACUCUCUCUCCGGUUGCAAGAAGAAGGCCUGGAGAGGCAGCUGGUGAAGCUGUUGACGGAGCUCUCGGCCGAGCACUACCUGCCCAUCUUCGCCCAUCAUCGGAUAUCGCUCGAAAUGCUCAGCAACAUGGUCCCUGGCGACCUAGCCGAGAUCGGAAUAGCUGAAUCCGGCUUGCAGCACGCCAUCAUCCAGAAAGCUCGGGAGAUACAAGCUGUUGCAGAAACAAUACCAGAACUGUUGAAGCCAGCAGAAAAAACGGGACCGUCCGCUCCAGAGUUUAGAGAAGAAUCCACCAACCCUGAAGCCCCAUCGGCUCCACUGGCGGAAGAACGCCAUUGCGAGUGUGUCGUCUGUAUGGAGCUAGAGGCCCAAGUCGUGUUUCUGAACUGCGGCCACGUCUGUUGCUGCCAGAGCUGCUCCGAAGCCUUGCGCACCUGUCCUCUCUGCCGGCAAGAAAUCGUGCAACGGAUCCGACUUUUCCACAGCGGCUAGCCUACUCGAGGAUGGAAAAGGGAAGCGGCUGGGGCUUUCCCACCCACCCCCCUCCUGGAAUAGAAAACUAGGAGUGGGGGGGGGGAAAAACACCCACCUGGAAUUUCAUCCGUCCUCAUUUCGUUUUUGCACGUCUUGUUUUGUCACCGCUGCGCGCUCGGAAUGCCUGUCUUGUGUUUACGAGCACGCCACCUCCGGUAAUCGCGCACGCCGGACGAUGGGGCAGGAAGGAAGUGCGCGCCACGCCUUUGCACUAAAUAAUGUAUGCUGGUGGUUUUUUGGGUUUGUUUUUUUUUGCUCGCUGUGGUCCAGGAGGAGUGUGAUUUAUUCAAAACGUCCAGGUAAUUGGGAAAUAACUGAAGGACGGCCAAAAAUCUUUUUUUUUUUUUCAAGAGGCAAAGGCCGGGCCUUUCUCGGUUUGCUUCCUCGAAAACGUUUCGCCUCUCACCUUAAGAAGCGAAUUCUUCCGAUUCUUGGAUGAGAAGCCAAAGGUUUUCAAGGAGUGGGGGAGGGCGAGAAGCAAAACGAAAAAUCCAGUAGCUUUUUGGAAGAGCACUUUUGGGACAACCAUGACUUUGGAGGAUGGAGAAUCUCCGUAGACAACUGGUAUAGACUCGGCAUUUAACCCCUUGAAGGAAUUUAAGGCACAGAUAGGGACGGGAUCAAUUAUCCCGACAACCACCUGCGGGCAAAAGGAGAUCAUGCUUUCUAUACAGGGGAUCCCAGCCUGGAUCGCUCUCAAGCUACUAGUCCUCGCUGAAAUUAUUCCAGCCUCCCUGCGAGCGGGUUGCCAUUAUCGUCCUGUUCAUGUUUGGGAAUUGGAAAAAGGAGGAGCCGUUACCCAAAAUGCUGGAGGGGAGGGGAAGGGAAGGUGAAGGUCAUCUUCUCUGAUCUUCCCCUGGAGGAACCUCCCCAGCCAAAAUUGGCAGCCUGGCAUGAUGGCCCCUCCCUUAGAGACAAAAGUUGAGCCCGGGGUGGUAUGAAUGUAGGCUGGAUUACUGGAAGGUGAUAUCCGAUUGGGCGGCAGCCCUGUUCUUAACCGGUAGUUAAUAACUUGGUUAAUUAGUGGACUUGAACUGUCUUCCCCAGAAAGUGGGUGAGAGAGGCGGGCAAGAACACCACCAAGGUCAGGAUUCCCAUGAGGACUGGAAGCUUCAUUCUCUACCUGCCGCCUCCUGAAAAAUCUGCACUUUUCUUUGGACUGAACCACUUGCCUUUGUUCUGGGACGCUCGGAAGAGCCUUUUGGCGUGGGGGGAAAAUGUUCUCCGCCCACCUCUCCCCCCCACACCAUCUUUCUGGGGCUGCACCAGAGUCUUGAACCUUUUAGCCUUGAGGAUGAUGGGAGUUGGGGGUUUUCCUUUCCCCAGCUGGAAAGGAAAAAAAAAAACCACAAAAUUGCUGGUAGAGCAGAGGUGCUCCACUUCGUCAUCUUUAAGACUGAAAAGGUUCUGAAAGCCGCCAGCAUGGGGGGAAAUUCUGGGAGUUGAAGUCCACAAAUCUUGGGGGACUGUGAAAUUCCCACCUUAGCCCCGAUUAUUGCAUCAGUCUUCCAAGGGAAACAGAAUUGCAGAGCAUUUGACGUCAUAAAAGGACAUUGCUUUUGUGUUGGUAAGGGAGGGUGGUGUGUACCCAAAACUGCUGGAUUCAGUCCCCAAGUCAAGACCGCAUGCUUGCAUGCUGCAAGUCCGAUAAGUUCCGAUGAUCCUCUCCAUCCACGCUCCCCCCCCCCCCGGAGAACCUCUCGCCCCGUGCUGGCGAACCUAUGGCACGCAUGCCCGGAAGUGGCACAUGAGCCAUAUCACCUGGCACAUGCGGCGUCGCCCGUUCCUCUUUCGGAUUUCUGGCACGCAACGAUCAGCCUGGGACUUUUUUGCACACGGCAGGGCCGGAAACUAAGAAGAACCGGUCUUCCGUUUUUUUUUUCCUGCGUGAACACCCGCGCCAGGCCGGCUGAUCAUCACGUGCGAGUGCGUGCCAGAAACCCGGAAGAGUAACUGGCUGAAACCGGAAGUUCAGGAGCUGAAACCGGAAGUUUAUUUUCGGGCACGUGCAUGCGGCCCCUGGGCAGCUCCAGAAUUGCACGCGUCUGCAAUGAUGGAUCGCCAUCACUGCUCUAGUCUUUGGUGUUCCAGACAGAAGCCGGGAAUUUCAGGGAAGACUUCUCUAGCUGCUUGUCCCCGUCCCGUCCCCGUUACCCAGUGCCUGGGGUUUUUGUGUGAAAAGCCAUGAAGGAGAAGAACCUCACCCAGCUGGAGUUCUUUCCAAAAAUCCUCAAGAAGGCCCUGUCAUACUCCCUGCAUGUUCGUCUGGUGCCUACGUUGACCUGUUUGCAAUGUCAUGUUUUCUAUGUAUGUCCGCCGAGAAAAAUAAAAAUUCCAGAGCUUCGA